AUGGUUCUAAAAGGCAAAGACCAUAGUACUACCGAAGCCAGGGAAGGCGCCGCCAGUGUAUCAGACCCCGGGAGGGUACAGGCCCAUUGCGCUACUGCCAACCCUAGGGAAGACGAACAAAUGGGGGACAGGGCACACCGCUCCACGGAGAUGGCUGUUCGGCUAGUAGUAGCCCAGGUCCAGGAGGCAUGGAGACAGAAGGCCGCGGCAUCCCUAUUGCAAUUGGACAUUUCAGGAGCCUUCAAUACGGUUAAUCACACACGACUACUGGCAACACUGCGAGAAAUGGGCUACCCGAGGUGGCUCGUUCUCUGGACAAAAGACUGGUUGACGGGCCGAGAGUCCACACUCCUCUUUGACGGCAAGACGGCGGCACCGACGGCGAUUCGGGCAGGGGUCCCCCAAGGCUCACCGCUCUCCCCUGUUCUCUUCAUCCUCUAUAUUUCCUCAUUAUACAAGCAGCUAAAAGACGAACACCCUCACUUGGCUAUAGAGGGGUUUGCGGAUGACACCAACCUCCUGGUGUUUGGUCGAAACCCCGAAGCGAAUGUCCGGCAACUAGAGGCGGCGUGGGGAACGUGUAUACGAUGGGUGGACAGUCAGGGGAUGAAGUUCGCCCCGGAAAAGAGCGAACGGAUCCAUUUCAACAAGGGACGACGGCAAUGGUCAAACCAGCUGGAACUCACCAGCCCAGGGAGAGGCACCAGCCCCGUCAGACCGAAGGAGUCUGCCAGGUUCCUGGGAGUCUGGCUGUACCGGAAGCUGAACUGGAAAGCCCACCUUGCAGCGGUGGAGAGGAAGCUGAGGACCCAGGGCUAUGCCCUGUCGAGGCUAGCGGCGUCGACGUGGGGACUGGGGCUAGCCAAAGCGCGAGAAGUGUACACAAAGUGCAUCCGGUCAGCGCUGGCCUAUGGCGCAUCGUCGUUCCACAUCCCCACGGAUGUGGGAGGCGAGCCGGUAAAGAAAGGCAUCACCAAGGCCCUCGGGAAGUGUCACACGGAUCACCACGUGGACGCAACCAUCAUCAAUCGUUUUUUAGAGAUCAAUGGCCACUCAUCGGAAGAUGGGAAUUCACACGGCCGAGCCUAG